CUUCCCCGGGGACCACAGCAGCAUUGAGUUCUUGUUCAAAUAUAAGAAAAAAAUUGGGAGAGCUCCUCUCAAAAUGCUUAGCUCAAAACUCCUGUGACAGAUGCACGAGACAAACACGAACCCGUGUGGGUACUGGGCAAAAAAGAGAAUUAUCCACGGUACCGACUGACAGAGUUUUUGGUUGUUUUGGUGCUUGCUUUUUGUGAGCUGUCCUUUAUGUCACGUGUCCGGGGGAGGUGAACCUAACGCAGGCGAUGGAAGGAGAAUGGGGCAUCUUCUUCACAGCUGUUUUUCAUUCCAGGGGAGUUUGUGGAAGGGACUGUGCUGGAGAAAGAGAGCUGGGAAAGGGACUUUUUUGGAUCACUUGAAAAGCAGGAUGCUUUUUCCAGAAAGAGUGGUCAGACCCUGGAAUAGGCUGCCCGGGGAGGGGGUUGAGUCUCCAUCCCUGAAUGUGUUGAAGAGUCAUUUAGAUGUGGGGUUGGGGGAUGUGGUGUAGGGGAGAACUUUGUAGAGUGGGGUUGAUGGUUGGACUCAAUGAUCCCGAGGGUCUUUUCCAACCCGAAUGAUUCUAUGAUUCUACGCCUCACACUCAGUCCAUGUCCUUGUUUAUCUGACCUGUUAGGUGGGCUUUGUAAGGAUGGUAGAAAGGGAAGAAUUUGGAGAGUGUACACCUUAGCACUGGAGCAUCAAGCUGGAAAUAACUUACGCUUUAGUAUUUUGAAUGGUCUUAAGGCGUGAGGAAAGAAGAAGAAAACAGGAAUUGGAGGCCAGAGGAGCAGCAGUCAAGGAUCAGCUCGGAACGCAGAAAAGAGAAGUCAAGAGAUGCAGCCCGGUGCCGACGGAGCAAGGAAUCGGAAGUGUUCUACGAGCUGGCCCAUCAGCUGCCUCUGCCCCACACCGUCAGCGCACACCUGGACAAGGCGUCCAUCAUGAGACUGACCAUCAGCUACUUGCGCAUGAGAAAGCUGCUAGAUGCUGGUGAGCUGGAGACAGAAGCCAAAAUGGAGAAGGAACUGAACUGUUUCUACUUGAAAGCUCUUGAUGGAUUUGUCAUGGUUCUGUCCGAAGAUGGAGACAUGAUUUACAUGUCUGAAAAUGUGAACAAGUGCAUGGGGCUCACUCAGUUUGAGUUGACGGGGCACAGUGUAUUUGAUUUCACUCAUCCAUGUGACCAUGAGGAGCUGAGAGAAAUGCUUACACACAGAAAUGGUCCUGUGAAAAAGGGCAAAGAGCAAAACACGGAGCGCAGCUUUUUUCUCAGAAUGAAGUGUACGUUGACUAGCAGGGGAAGAACAGUGAAUAUAAAGUCUGCUACGUGGAAGGUGCUGCACUGCACCGGGCACAUCCGCGUCUACGACACGUGCGGGAACCAAACUCACUGCGGUUACAAAAAGCCUCCCAUGACAUGUCUGGUGUUGAUCUGUGAACCUAUUCCUCAUCCCUCCAACAUCGAGGUCCCCUUGGACAGCAAAACGUUCCUCAGUCGUCACAGUCUCGAUAUGAAAUUUUCCUAUUGUGACGAAAGAAUUACAGAGCUGAUGGGGUACGAGCCAGAGGAGCUCCUGGGUCGCUCGAUCUACGAGUACUAUCACGCGCUGGAUUCUGACCAUCUGACCAAAACCCACCACGACAUGUUCACGAAAGGGCAGGUGACGACGGGGCAGUACAGAAUGCUCGCUAAGCAGGGCGGCUACGUCUGGGUUGAAACUCAAGCCACCGUUAUAUACAACACUAAGAACUCCCAGCCCCAGUGCAUCGUGUGCGUCAACUAUGUGUUGAGCGGAAUUGUUCAGAAGGACUUGAUUUUUUCCCUUGGACAAACGGAGUGUAUGCUGAAACCAGUGGAGUCUCCUGAUAUGAAAAUGACCAAAAUAUUCAGCAAAGAUGACCUGGAGGAUACCAACAGCCUGUUUGAAAAACUUAAACAGGAACCAGACGCUUUAACUGUGCUGGCCCCAGCGGCUGGAGACACAAUUAUCUCUCUGGAUUUCAGCAGUAAUGAGUCUGAUGAACAACAAUGUGAUGAAGUUCCUUUGUAUAAUGAUGUAAUGCUCCCCUCAUCCAGUGAGAAAUUGCAGAAUAUAAAUAUGGCAAUGUCCCCACUACCUGCCUCUGAAACUACGAAGCCACUUCGUAGCAAUGCUGAUCCUGCACUCAAUAGAGAAGUUGUAUCAAAGCUGGAGCCAAACACGGAGCCACUCGAACUUUCUUUUACCAUGCCCCAGGUGCAAGAGCAGCCAACCAGUCCUUCUGAUGCAAGCACCAGCCAAAGCUCACCUGAGCCCAGUAGUCCCAAUGACUACUGCUUUGAUGUGGAUAAUGAUAUGGCUAAUGAAUUCAAACUGGAAUUAGUGGAGAAACUCUUUGCGAUAGAUACAGAAGCAAAAAAUCCAUUCUCUACUCAGGAAACUGAUUUAGAUUUGGAGAUGUUGGCUCCUUACAUCCCAAUGGAUGACGACUUCCAGCUGCGAUCGUUCGAUCAGCUCUCUCCGCUGGAAAGCAGUUCCUCUGGCUCUCAGAACGCAGCCACCGUGACCAUAUUCCAGCAGCCCCAGACACCCUCCAGUUCUGCUGAUGAAAUGAAACCGGCGACGGAGCGCGCGGAUGAUGUGAAGACACUAAUUGUUCCUUCAUCUCCUGUCCACAUCAUCAACGAAACGAGUAGUGCCCCAGCGUCACCGUACAGUGGGAACAGGAGUCGAACUGCCUCUCCAGUCCGAGCAGGGAAAGGAACGUUGGAUCAGACGGAAAAACCUUGCCCGGGAGUGCCUAGCUUGCUGACAGUCACUCUCAAUAAAAGAUCUACUGCAGUGGAUGAAGAACUAAAUCCAAAGAUGCUAGCUUUGCAUAAUGCUCAGAGAAAACGAAAAAUGGAACAUGAUGGUUCACUUUUUCAGGCAGUUGGAAUUGGGUCUUUAUUCCAGCAGACAGGUGACCGUGGAGGAACCGCGUCGCUGGCUUGGAAGCGUGUAAAGGGAUGCAAAACAAACGGUCGGAGCGGAGUGGAGCAAAAGACAAUCAUUCUACUAUCAACUGACAUAGCGAGUAAACUCCUAGGGCAGUCGAUGGAUGAAAGUGGACUUCCCCAGCUCACCAGUUACGACUGCGAAGUAAACGCUCCCAUACAAGGCAACAGAAACCUGCUACAGGGUGAAGAACUGCUCAGAGCCCUGGAUCAAGUUAACUGAGCUUUCCCAAUACUUUGUUCCUUUUUUUUGGACACUGGUGAAUCAUCACCUAAAGCAGUCUAUUUAUAUUUUCUAUAUCUGAUUUUAGAAGCCUGGCUACAGUACUGCACUAAUUCAGUUAGUUCAGUUUUGAUCCCCUUUCUACUUAUUUUGACAGUCUUUUUAAUAUGUUCUUUAUGUAACAAUAACUCAAAACUUAUAGUGCAUUUUUAUAAUUCUUUGGUACAUACACUUUUAAGUCCUUACAUUUAAAACACACUCGCAAUAGCAGCUUUGAAAUAUGCACCUGAUUUAAAAAAAAAAAAAUUAAAAAAAAUAUUUAUUUUUUGGGCUGGGGAGUUGGUCACCAAACCUUAUCAUUAGUAAAAUGUCAACACAAGAAAAACUGGCAAUACUUCCACCCUGCUCUUCAUAGGUAGUUGGAAGACUUGUGCUCUCUUUCUGUUUAUGUUCAGACAAGUUGUGGGUUUUUUUUUUUAUUUUAAUAAUUUUUAUAAGAAACAACAAUGCUUUGCAGCAGUGCAUUGUAGCCACAAUCGCACAAUAUAUUUUCUUAAGAAAUACCAGCAGUUCCUCAUGCAAUAUAUUCUGCAUUUAUAAAAACUAGUUUUUAAAAGGAAUCUUCUUUUGUUUGCCUAUGAAAUCAUGUUUAAACCUGGAUUAUGUCAUUAUUUUAGUCACGUUGUAACAUAAAUUGUUCUUAAAUGCUGUCUUAUGCUUUUGACUUAAAUGAGCGUGGUUAGGCAAAGGAAAGGCUUUAUCUGGAAAGGGCUAGCAGCAUUUUAUUUGGAUACGUUCUCAAUUUAGAGAGAGUUUGAUGUUCUUAAAGUAGUCACUUUGCCAGCUUAAAAAAAAAUAAAUAAAAUAAAAUUCCCUGCCUGUAGUUGUUGAAGUUAAUGCUAAUACUGUGUAUGAAUCUUAAAUCUAAAUGUUCAGCUUACCCUGUGUGGUAUAGGUGAUAUUUCAAGCAGAUUGUAAAACAUCUUGCAUUGUUAGCAGAACUUUAUCUAGUACAUCGAGUUGCUCAAUAUUUUGAUGUUUUGGUUUUAUGCACCUUGUUGCUAUUAACAUCCGUAUGUUUUCAUGUAGAUUUCAAUAACUUGAGUAUAUUUAGAAGCCUUUUUAUUUAGAAAUAUAUAGUUGUCACAAACAUCUUAUUUUCCUAUAUGUACUGUACAAAACCUUCAUUCACUCAUUCUUUUGCUCUUUGUGGUUGGAUCUAACACUAACUGUAUUGUUUUCUUACAUCAAUAAACUCUAUGUGGACCAGGCCCCUUUGGGGGAGUGUGUUAUCUGAGAGAAACGAGAUAAUUUAUAUUUUUGUUAGUGGUUAUUUGUUCAUCCGUGUUUCCCUUUUGAACUCAGCGUGGAUUGGAAAUCACUGCUCCCUUAUUUUGAUUGUAACAUCUCCAUGUUAAUUAUUUGAGCCUAUUCAGUACUGCAGUCUCCCUAGACAGUGUUGUGCUACUGCUCGCCAAAGAUGUUCAACCUCUCAGUCUGUUCUCACACCAGUUAGCAAAGGGGGAAGGGAGGAGACAGCCCGCUGGUGUUACAGCUAGAGUGGAAAGAGUCUUCCUCCUGAACAGCUUAAAGGCUUGUCUCUGGAAGCUUGAUCAAGGUAACACUGGAAAGCAGGAGAAAGUAAAAUUCACAAGAGUGAGCAAUUAAAAGAUGGAUUUUUUUUUUUUAUCACAAAACCGCAUGAUUGAAAAAUUAAGAUUGGACUUGGGAGAAAGCUUGUUCUGUGUUCUUGUGCUGUUGAUGUAGUGACUUUAACUAGGUGACUUCUCUUAUUUUGCUGUCAUUUGCACUUUUCAAACUGGCAGACUUGUAUUACACAAACUGGAGACUGUUAGCUGCCAGCUAACAAAAGAUGGGGCACUGGUAGCAGCAGACCCUUGUGUACUUAAAGUUGGAGUAGAAGUUUCACAAAGAGAGGAGAAAGCGCGUAGGGUCAGUAAGCCAGAACUGAAGCUUUACGCAGAGAGCUGCUUGGGAAUAUUAAAUAUUUUUUUUAAUGCAGCAUUUAAGCGUACGAAGCUUAUAAAGUUCUCUGGAUGAAAGCAGCAGAGCUGCUGCAUGAGGGCUCCUGGAUGGCAUUUUUCCGGGGUUUAGUGGUGAAGCUGCUGAAGGCUUCAGUAAAGCGCGUUCUGCUUUUCUUACUGCCCCGGCGAGCUUUGAGCUGCCCUGGUGAGUUACUGGUUUCUUCUCUCCCAAGAGAAACUUCAUACCUUCCUGCCUGAUGUCGCUCUGCUACUCUCUUGACCUUUUGGAGGAACCUGUUUGGAUCUGUCAGCUCCUCUUCAGUCUACCUUAAGAGGGCUGUACAUUUUCAUAGAGAAAAAUCCACAUUAAAAAGAGGAGGAAAACUUAAGUGUCCCACCUGAUUUAUGGUUAUGAGCCUCCUGGAAUCAUCUCCGGUCUUAAGGAUAGAAGUUGUUUAUUAAAAUGAGCUGUGUUUCAUCUCAGACAUUACACAUAAUGUGUUGUUAUUACAUUACAUGUAAUAACAAGGCAUGGUAUCUUGUUUACACUCUUGGUAAAAGUGACUGAAACAAGCAAUUCCUGGAAUGAACUGUGGGAGCCCUAUUGGUUUACUCUAGGAAAAAAACAAAUGGGGGAAAAAAAAGCAACAAAACCCAAGAAUAAAACCAAAUUAACCUCCUAGAGGCACUGAAGAAAGUGUGGAAAAGUAACCGUAAUUGGUUGCUCUGGCCUUGUAAGAGCUUUGCUCAAGGCAGAUGACAGUUCACAAAAUAUAGCACACUUUUUAGCUGCUGUUUGCUUGGUUUUUUCCUUACAUUUUAGGAAUACACAGCCUGAUUCUAAACCUACUUUGGAGGACAAGCUUCUAGAAUACAUUACUUUCUAAACAGUUUUUUUAGUGAUUCUGAAUAAUUUCUUAGCUGACUUACUACUUUUUAAAAUGUGGAGGCACCACAUCAGGGCACUUAAUUCUUCCCCAGAAGGAAAGAAAAAAAAGUAGGUAAAUAGAACGUUUCCUUCUGUUUAUGAAAUACACUAGAUUAUGUAGAAAUGAUAAACUGAGAAUAACGAAGUUUGCUCCCAGCAGGUUCGCGUGACUCCAGCAGUGGUCAAGCCAUGCCUUUUUCAUAGCACAGAACAAUUAUUAUCUUUAGAUAUGGAUUCUAAUAGAUGUUUUUAUCUACAACGCUGAUGAUUUUGUUAAAAAGUAAAGGCAUUAAACCAGUAUUUAUGAGGACAUCAUUCAUUCCUUUACCUGAAAGUAGUUAAUUUGGGAGUUGUAGCUCACCACAAGAAGUCACUUAAGUCUACUGUCCAGUAAUUUGAGCUUAGGUGUGACACGGUGAGUGAGUUAAGGUAGCCUGGAAUCCAAAUACACCUUUCUAACCUACCUUCCUCCCGUGCAGUGAGACAGGCUCGGGCUGUACGCUCAGCUUUUUGAAAAUCUUGGGCUGAAACGGAAACAAUUUGCUAUUAAACUCUCCCCGAGUAAUUAUGCAUUGAAGAAUCACAGAUUAAGGCCAGCAAGGCCAAGAAAAACUUCACACCUAACACUGGUGGCCAAUUUCAAGCCUCCAAAUGAACUGUUUUCCUUUGAAGGGUGCCCGUGGAAGCUGGGAGGGGUGAGUUCCUGACCAUUGGGAUGUGCCCGAGGUCAACCAUCUGUCCCUGUCCCCACCGACACGCUUCUCGCUCAGAUGUCACUGCGCUUACGCGUGUUAUUCAAACUGUAAUUGUCCAGCAUGAAAAUCAACGUUUCACAGGCCAGGAGUACUUUGUAGGAACACCAUUUCAUAGGAAUUCACAGGAGCUGGAUAUCCAGCUUUCAUUAAAAAUACCAUUAGCAAUUUAGGUACUUGAUUCCUUGGAAAGCUCCGUUCUGGAGAACUGUGAUUUUUUUUUUUUUUUGAUCCAAAUUCUAGAAAUGUUGUCAUUGUUCUUCUGCUUCCAUGUUUACCUUGAGCAAGGCUUGCCACGUUACCAAAAAGUUAAAGAGUUUGCAACUGGACUUACACAGUAUGGUAGAUUUUGUGAAUAAUAGCAGUAUUCUCUCAUGAAGAAGUGAUAUAUUUUAAUGGAAUUCUUUUUCGGAACCAAGUACAACAUAUUGCAAUUGAUGUUUCCCUUGAAACAUUUUUUACAUACUUGUGACUGUAUUUUUCUUUUUGAUUGUGUUAACAGUAUAAAAUUCAAUAAAAGAGAGGGUUUGUUUCUAA